AUGUGCGGUAACCGAAGUCCGGGGGCCUCCGCGCCCACCGGCACCGCUGGAGUCUGUGGAUCGAUGGCCGCUGGCCACAAUCGACACUCAGAUUCCCGGGGGAGCCGCCCCGCGGGAGCCGCCGUUCGUCGGCGUUGUCCGCGGGGUCCGGUCCCCCCACCCGAGGGCCGUAUGCCGCAGCCUGCCGGCGUCCGCGAGGGCGCCCGGGUUCAGGAACACCUGCGUGCGGACCGGCACUGA